UUUCCAGCUCUUUACGGCGAGGUCGUCUUUGGACACGGCGAGCUUGGGUUCGCCGGCUCGGACUCGAGUCGUCUCGGAGGGGGAUCCCCGUUUUUAGAAACGGGGGCCCUGUUGGCCUUUUGUCGCGCUCAAAAUGGAUUUCGUCUCGGACCCCGGCAAUCCCAUGACGCAACGUCUCAUGGCCAAUAUCGACCCGCUGGCUCGACCUUGGAAGAAACGGGGACCCAUCAUGAUGGCGGCGUCAAUGCUUGUUUGCACAUCUCCCUCGUCGAGACCGGCCCGCUCCACGGAAUGGAUCUGCCCCGUAGGCGAGCACUUUUCUGUGGUGGUGGGUAGGAGGGGAUCGAUCUGAUGCUUUCCGUCUUGUUUCCUUCCCGCGUGGCGCAAAGUCUGUUCUGAGCUUUUGUGAUAUCAAUUACUCCCACAUCAGGCACAUUUAUGUCCUGUUCAGCAGCCGCAGCCGCCGUGGCGCCCAACUCCGAGUCCACACCGGCAAGCCCCUUCCCUGCCUCCAUCGCGGCGCCCACCUCCCCGUUCUGGCGAACCUCACUCGAGUCUUGGUGCAGGAGCAAGCUCCCAUGGGAAGGGUGGCGUUCCGGCUCUUUUUAAAAGUGUCCCAUGCCCCCGGCCCUACGAGCGCAUCGAUACCCGGCGCCUGGCUACCGCAUCGGAACGACGUUUACAAUCCCAUGUUCCCAGACAUCGCUCCGUCUGUGCACUGCUGCACAGCGCAUCGGUGUUAGCCCGAGACAAACUAAGCGCGCGGAAGAAUGGACAAGAGGCGGCACCUCGUUGACCUCCUGGCCUUGGGGGGUCUCGUCGCAACCACCAGCCGCUUGGGCGCCAGCUACGACAGUAGCAUCGGCUUCGAGCGACCGAUCCACCUCUUCGUCUUGGCCGUCCUCCUUGUAGCCGCCAUCUCUUUCGCCCUUUCCCGAACGUCCCCUCCUGAUCCGACAUCGGCCGGCUUCAGCGUCGUUUCCCAAGAUGAGCCAGCACUGCUCCCUGCGCCUCGCAAGCUUUCAACACGCUGCGGCUGGGCAAAAAAAGUCCCCGGAUCUCGCUUCGUCCUCCUCGUCGCAAGAUGGGUGCCGCAAACGGCUGUCGCGCGAGCCCUCGGGCGCAUACCUGUGAAAGUUUUGCUGCUAGCCUUGAUGUUGGCAUCUCGCGCCCUGCUCUUCUGGCACGUCACCAGAUUUGUGCACUGCUCGUGGAGCUCUGCCCAGUACUUUCUUCCCUUGUCCGUGUUCGUCUCGGACAUUGCCCUGCCCGCGUGCCGUUCACGACAGCUACGACUUCCAUUCAGCAGAUAUGACCCUGAGGAGGAGACAAAGGAGAUGCAGGAUGAUGGCGCCAGGCAGUCCGGGUUAUAUCAUGUGGCCAGGGCCCUCGCCUUGGCGUUCGUCUGGGGUCUGGCAGCAACACGAAUGGAAUCGUUCUGGGAGAACCGGACGGGCACUUUCUGCCCGCGCGGCUCAGCCCUGGGGCCGUCGGUCUCGGUCGCGCAGCUGAUCAGCUUGGCUCUCGAUGCUGCCAUCUUGACCAUACUGUCUCGCACUCGUGUGGACAGCGCCGGCGGUCGGAUUGCUGGAACAACUUCUUCCUGCUGGGCGCUCCUGGCAGCCGCGUGCUCCAUCUCUGGCGCCGCACUGCUUCUGGGAGCUGCCAUAUUCUUGAAGUUUACCAACGACCCCCUGCGUGGGGCCAUGCUAAACGGGGCCGAGAUGCCCGAGAUGGCCUUGGACACCAUUACCGUCGUCACCCUGCUACUCUCGACUAUCCAUUUGUUGGCAGUACUGUGCCCAGCAACGGUAGCGCUCAUGAUUGUCGGGCUGAGCAGCUAUGCGCGCCAUCUCGUGUCACUGCCCGACCAAGUCCUGCCCCAGUCAGGAUGGGCCGCCGUUGCCGUCUUAGGUAUUGCUCUGUUGGCCAUCACUGCACUCUUGCUGAGGUUGGACAGGGAUGCUCAGCUGUCGCAUCGAUCGCACACCGCUGAUACACUAGCGUACAAGGCGCUUGUUGGGUUGUAUCUACUUCUCGCGGUCGUCGCCCUCGUAUCGUCGGUGUCGUCGCAGCUCUCCAGGGAUGCAGUGUUGCGAGACACACCACCGCUGACAGCGCUGAUCUCAGAUGCCAACGCUGAGGCACUGCGAUGGCAAGGGCAGGCAGCAAGCAGCAAAACGCUCCAGGAGGCGGUCGAGGCGUACCAGCAGCGGCACGGCAUCCCGCCGCCGCCCAACUUCGACAAGUGGUACGACUUUGCCCUGGGGCACAACUCGCCCGUCAUCGACGACUUCGCCCAGAUCAGUGCCGACCUGCUGCCCUUCUGGGGCGUCGAGCCGUCCGUCAUCCGCAAGCAGACGAGCCAGAUGCUCGAGGACGGGUCCUCGUCCAUGAUCGGCGGCCUGAAGAUCCGCAAGGGCGAUAUCGAGCUGUCACCGCACACGCCGGGCACGCACAGGUGGAUGAUGGAAGGCCUGGCCAAGAUGAUCCUGCCGUUUGCCAAGUGGUUGCCCGACCUGGACCUUGCUUUCAACCUCGACGACGAGUGUCGCAUCGCCGUUCCGUACGAAGACCACGAGCUACUGCAAGACUCGGCGCGCAAGGCGCAUGCCCGCCUCUCUGCCACCAGUACGGGCGGCAUGGCCACGACGUUUGAGGCGGGUAGCGUGUCAUGGCCUGAGCCAGAGAAAGAGUCGAUGAGCCCUCCCCUGUUCGUCGAGUACCACGCCGUCCCGGUGUUCCGUGACUUUGUAGCCCCGACCUGCCCACCAGACUCUCUGGCCAGAACGUGGCGCUGGUGGAACCGCAAGGAGACGUGCACGCGCUGCGCUGCGCCGCACAGCACCCUCACGUCUGCGGGCACCGUCGUGUCCAACUGGACCUUGUCGGGCGAUGUGUGCCACCAGCCGGACCUCGCCUACAUGGACGGCUUCCUGCUCUCGCCGUCGACCAUGCGGUCCACGCGGGACCUGAUGCCCGUCUUCAGCCAGGCCAAGAUCCCCGGCUUCGCUGAUGUCCUACACCCGUCGCCGUGGAACUACAUGGGCAAGGCGCCCUACGACGCCGACGACGAGGCCGCUGACGCGCCGUGGGCCGAGAAGACGAACGGCGUAUUCUGGCGCGGCUCCGCCACGGACGGGUUCGCCGACCACGGCGCCUGGCAGUCAUUCCUACGCGCCCGCUUCGUCGACGGCGCCAGGACGAUGCGCGAGCUGCUCGCGGCGCACAAGAAGUCAGCUGGCGGGGCCGAGCAGCAGCAGCAGCAGCAACAACAGCAACUCAGCAUCAACGUGAGCUUCGUCGGUGACUUCGCCCGGUGCGGCGACUGUGAUGCCGAGGCCAAGCACUUCUACGGGCCCGGCGACGGUGCCGCAACGGCGGCCUCGGUGCCGUUCACAGAGCACUGGCGGCACCGUCACCUCGUGGACCUGGACGGCGCCGGCUUCAGCGGCCGGUUCCUGCCCUUCCUCGAGAGCAGGAGCCUCGUGUACCGCGCCGCCGCCUUCCGCACCUGGUACGAGGAGCGCGUCCACCCGUGGCGCCACUACGUGCCCGUCGACCUGCGCCUCGGCCGCUGGCUCUGGGACCCCGUCGCCUUCUUCGCCGACCCAAGGGGCCCUGGCCCCGCCAUCGGCGAGGAGAUGGCCCUCCGCAGCCGCGACUGGGCGCGCAGGGCCCUGCGGCCCGCCGACAUGGAGGUCUACAUGUUCCGCCUGCUGCUAGAGUGGGGCCGCGUCGUUGACGACCGGAGGGAGCGCAUGGGCUUUGUUCUGCCUCCUGCCUCCGCGUCCUCGACGUCUGCUGCGCCAAGUUUUUGAGUAGGGUGGAGAUAGUUCCCCUUCUUCGUUAGUUUCCUGUAUAGAGUUUUGCUUGUCUGUCUUAUUCUAGUGGUAUUGGCAAGUUUUAUAUCCUCUGGCCGGCUGGUUAAAACGUUUCUCUGCACUGGGUGGGAUGUAUUUUUCUUGGAUAAACGACCGAGACAUAUACCAUGUCUGGCCUCCUUGGCGUCAUCGGAGUUGUCCUACCAUGGGCAUGUGUAGAUCGCGGAGAAUAGAAGUAUGAGUUAGGCCGUUAGGGUUCUGGACCUUCUGGCUCGCUCGGUGUCUAUGCUGAUUACCUGGGAUACAAACACGCCUCAUGGGCAUUACCA